CACUCUCACUCUAGUCACACGUUCUGGAAAUGUUGUGAGAGUGCUUUCUAAAUAUAACCGCAGAGAGAGAGAGCGGGAGAGAGAGAGCACCUUUCCAGCCGACUAAGGGUUCUCGCUGAGCUCACAUACACGGGCCUGGCAGGAGAGAGAAGGGUGUGAGGAGAGGAGACCGAGCGCAACUUUGACAAGUCCCAAAAUAAAACUUUUAGAGGGAGUUGAAACUUGCUGUGAACGGGACGACAGUCAAGGCAGCUGCAGCAGAGGAUGGAGGAGGACGCCCCGCCUAAGAAGUCAGUGGCGGAGCUGGCUGGAAAGUUCAAAGCUCAUGCCCCUCCCUUCCCCACGGGAACUGACGGGAAUAAUAAGCCUGUUAGGAGACGCCCCCCUCGAACCCUACAGCUCCCCAAGACCACAGCACAGGGAGAGGUGGACGAGGAGAAACCCAUCUCCCCGUCUCUGCAUCCUGCCAAAACCAAAAGGAACUCUGCUCUUAUUGAGAAACUGCAGGCUAACCUGGCUUUAUCCCCCUGUUCCCUCCUGCCCUCUCCUAAGAGCCCUGGGCUGAGACUGUUGCCCCCCUCCUUCACCUCCACCUGCUCCCCCAUCCCUCCUGUUACCCCCACCACCCCAGUCAGCAGGGCACCCCUCCUUCGGUCGCUGAGCAAGGAAGAGACACCUGCCACCUUUGAAGUCCCAGCCACACCCACCGACGGAUCCCUACUGCCCAGUAUCAACAAGGGAAGAGCCCGCCUCUCCAUCCGGCGACGCCCACCUUCGAGACGCCACAGGAAGUCCAGCGGAGAGGAAGGAGAUGGGGUGACGGGUGAAGAGAUUCCCCUAACUACACCCGACGACCCUGAGGCCAAAGUUGGGGAGGAAGAGAAGGGAGAGGGGGAGGAGGUGUUUGAGAAGGAAGUGGAAGAGAAGGAUGGCGAAAGAGCAGACACCACUAUGUCUACCCAAGAAAAGAUAGAGACAGGCUCCUCUACCCCUGCUAACUCAAAGCAACAGAUUGACACAACAGACAGAUCAACCACAGACACUGACCCACUGGAAAAGACAAAGUCCGAAAAAACGCUGGAGCCCCAGAGAGAGGAGAGACAGACAGGAGAGGAGGCAACAGGGUCUAGAGGAGAAGUGGUGAAAGAUUGUGUUCAGGGGUGUGGAGGAGAAGAAAAGGAGAAGGGGAGGGAGACUUGUUCAAUGGAGGAGUCAUCUACAGAGAGAGAGAAAGAAGAGGGGGAAGAGCUGACCUGCAAAGAAAAGGAGGGAGAGAGAGAUACAGACUGCAACGAAGAGAAGGAGAACACCAAGCUCUGAUGGUCCGUAACCGCACCAUGCCCCUGCCUUACAGAGUGGGAGACCCCCAUAGUGUGCACUAACUCCCCUCAUCCCAUAGCACAUAGUGUAGUGGAAAAGGCGAGACUAGUAUGGACUGCAGACUAUGCCACUGGAUGGACUCCCUUUAGUCUUCUGCAUCUGGAAGGUCCUACACUCUGGUUCCAUCCCAAAUGGCACACUAUGCCCAAUAUAGUGCAGUACGUUUGACCAGGUUCAAUAGGCCUCUGGUCUAAAGUAGUGCACUAUAUAGGGAAUAGGGUGUCAUUUGGGACAUAACUAUGCACAUUUUUGGACAUGUUUCUUGUAAAUUCUUAUUUGGUGUCAGCCUGUGACUUUGUUAUCUUUAGGCAGAUUAAGGCAAGGGAUUUGCCUGUACAGCUUUUUUUUAUCCUUAUUUGGAUAGCUUUGCUUCCGCACAGAAUGUUUUGGUGCUCCACUUGAUUCUGUGUCAUUAGUAAAGGUUAACACAGGUAACCGGGAUCCCAGAACCACUCCACAUUUCCCCACAACAUUUUAUGACAAGACCUGGUAAAUUAUAACAUUUUCCACAAAAUACACAACAUGCAGAUCAGCAGAUUAGUAAAAACAACAGAUUUCUAGAAAACGUUAGGCUAUUUGAUUUAAACUGGUGUUGAGAACAAUGCUGCGGAGGCGGGCGGCAGCUGUGUAGGGCUAGGGCAAAAAACAUGCACCCAGGGGGGGCCCCACCGAGUUUGGGAAUCCCCGGUCUAGAUAAAUCAAUUAGAUAAAUCAAUUCAUGUCCGAUUUUUGUUUUUUGUUUUCACUUCAUCUCUGUUUUGGUAUUUUGUUACAAUUAGGCUGGGGAAAUGUUAGCUAAGUUGAAGUGAGUGCUAAUGAUCAUCUUUAGUCUAGUUUGCUCACAUAUUAAUUGAUCAGAACAUUUCGCUAGCAUUUUAUAAGUGAAUUUUGCUCUUCAGCCUGUCCUACUCUGAUAAUCAAUCAUGUCCUACUCCUGACCAAAAGCCUGUGACUUGUCUGAUAAUCAAUCAAUGUGAUUUUGUUUCACUGAAUCUGUCUGUAUAUUUGGUUAAUUGAUCUCUGGCUGGACAAGUGGAAGUGGUAGAUCAUCUAUUCAUUUGCUCAUCUAUCACUGAUUAGAAACAUUUAGCAUGCAAUAAUGUAGCCUAAAUCAAGAUGAUUAUUUAUCUAUGGACUCACGUACUGCAGUAGCCUUAUAUAGAGCCUAGGCAAUUUUCCUAUUGUCCCAAUCCCACUGAAAUCAAAAAUCCUGACUCCUGUCUUGCAUGAACAUUCCUAACUUUAUUCUGUAAUCCUGUAGUCUAAUAAUGUAGUCUGGUAUUGCUGCCGAUGUGAGAGCUUCAGUAGAGAAUGUGUGAUCAACAAAUGGUAGGCCGAUGAGGGUAGAUAUGGAAAUAUUUUUUAAACAGUUGGUCUCCGUUAAGAUACCUUGAUAUUUAAACAAUUUCCUCUCUUCAUCUCGCUGUUGUUCAUGGGCUGAUCUGCUAUCUGUAUAAUCAUCAACUAGAUUUAGCCAAAUAGUCAUUAAUUGGAGGUAAUCUAGCAAACCUAGCAACUUUGGACUUUUGUUUGGGCUCCCGAGUGGUACAGUGGUCUAAGACACUCCAUCUCAGUGCAAGAGAUGGACCUGGUUUGAAUCCAGGCUGUAUCACAUCUGGCUGUGAUUGGGAGUCCCAUAGGGCGGUGCACAAUUGGCCCAGCAUUGUUCGGGGCAGGCUGUCAUUGUAAAUAAGAUGUUGUUCUUAAACUGACUUGCCUAGUUCAAUAAAGGUUCAAUUUGAACAAAAAAUAUUAAAAAAUGACCGCCUUUUACAAACUUUGUGUGAUUCGACAACGCUAAAGCCUACUCUGGGCGCACUCUGUGUGUCCUGAGCGCGCUCUGUGUCUUAUUGGACAAGUUCAGGUAGUCUCUCCCCAGUUCGGUCUGUUUGCUUCUUUUGCAACAUUUCAAAUGGGUGUUAAAAUCGAAUCAAAUCAAAUGUUAUUUGUCAAAUUAGCCGAAUACAACAGGUGUAGCUAGACCUUACACUGAAAUUCUUACUUAUAAGCCCUUGACCAACA